UCGCUCCUCUUUGAUCGGUAAUCGUUAACUCUACCAACUCCCUUGACUAACAUUUGACCUAGAAAACGGAACCAGGCUUUUGGUUAUUCCUUUUUCUAAAUUAUGGGUAACUGCAACGGUCUUCCAUCCACCGGUAACCACGUCCGACCACUCUACGACUCCGGCGGUGGUCCCUUUGGUGGCUCCAUCAACGUCCAACCUGACCCAUCACCCCAACAAUUUUCUGCGAACCACGCUUCGUCCGCCGCUUCCACCACUCCACCGGUCGGACGUGUACUUGGCCGUCCCAUGGAGGACGUCCGGUCGACUUACAUCUUCGGCGAUGAGCUCGGCCGUGGGCAGUUCGGUAUUAUCUACUUGGUGACUCACAAAGAAACCAAGCAGCAGUUCGCUUGUAAAACUAUCGCUAAGCGUAAACUUAUCAACCAUGAAGAUAUCGAAGACGUCCGCCGUGAAGUCCAAAUCAUGUACCACCUCACCGGCCACAGGAAUGUUGUGGAGCUGAAGGGGGCUUAUGAGGAUCAGAACUCAGUGAAUUUGAUUAUGGAACUGUGUGGGGGAGGAGAGCUAUUUGAUCGGAUUAUAGCAAAGGGUCAUUUUUCAGAGAGGAAGGCGGCUAACUUGUGCAGGCAGAUAGUGAUGAUGGUCCAUUACUGUCAUUCAAUGGGGUUAAUGCAUAGGGACUUGAAGCCUGAGAACUUCUUGUUCUUGAACAAGGAUGAUGAUUCUCCAUUGAAGGCUACUGAUUUCGGGCUCUCUGUAUUUUUUAAGCCAGGGGAUGUUUUUAAGGAUCUUGUUGGAAGUGCUUAUUAUGUAGCUCCAGAAGUACUGCGCCGGCAUUAUGGACCUGAAGCUGAUAUUUGGAGUGCUGGGGUGAUUCUUUACGUUCUCCUUAGUGGGGUGCCACCAUUUCAUGGAGAAACUGAGCAGAGCAUAUUUGAUUCUAUUCUUCGGGGAAAUAUCGAUUUCUCAUCCGAUCCAUGGCCCUCUAUUGCCAGUAGUGCCAAAGAUCUUGUGAGGAAGAUGCUACGAGAUGAUCCCAAAGCCCGGCUUUCGGCAUUUGAGGUCUUAAAUCAUCCAUGGAUGCGUGAAGAUGGUGAUGCAUCUGAUAAGCCUCUCGAUAUUGCCGUUUUAACUAGAAUGAAACAAUUCAGUGCAAUGAACAAACUCAAAAAAGUUGCUCUAAAGGUAAUUGCAGAAAAUCUAUCUGAAGAAGAAAUUAUCGGUUUGAAGGAGAUGUUCAAAUCCAUGGACACUGACAACAGUGGAACCAUCACGUUCGAGGAGUUAAAAGCUGGCCUUCCUAAACUUGGUACUAAGCUUUCCGAGUCCGAAGUGAGGCAGUUAAUGGAAGCAGCCGAUGUAGAUGGAAAUGGAACAAUUGAUUACAUUGAGUUUAUAACGGCUACCAUGCACAUGAAUAAAAUGGAAAGAGAAGAACACUUAUACACUGCUUUUCAAUACUUUGACGAGGACAAUAGCGGGUUUAUUACAAUGGAAGAGCUAGAGCAGGCUCUCAGGAAGUAUAAUAUGGGUGAUGAGAAAACAAUAAAAGAUAUCAUUUUAGAAGUUGACACUGACAGGGAUGGAAGAAUUAACUACGAUGAGUUCGUUGCUAUGAUGAGAAAAGGCAGCCCAGAGUUUGUUAGUAUUCGACGACGCAAGUAAGCCGAAUGCGUAGCUUGUGCAUGUCUGUUAUGACAACAACCAUGUCUGAUCUCGGUUCGAAUGAUAGGGAUCAUCAAAGUAGUCUUCAGGUUCUGAAAUCAUUGGUGGCUUGUGUAUUCCCGCCUUUACAAUAGAAAUGGACUAGAUUGCCAUGAAAAUAGUAUGAAUGUUUUACGGGAAACGAACAGACCGUUAAUAUGGAUUCAAACUUUCCUCAGAUCGCUGCAGUGCUGAUUAACUGAGGGAGGAGCAUGAUUUACAGUUUUUUGCUUGCUUGUACAUCACGUUAUUGCUUGAACAUGACAGAUGCAUUGUUUAAAUGGAUUCAGUUGAUUGUUCAGCAAGUAGAGCAACAUCUCUGGCCUGCACAUUUUGCUACCGAUGUUUGGCUACUCGAUUCAACGCUCUCUGCAAAUCCUCCUCAUGUCGGGUGUAGCAGCUGGCAACAAACAACUGAAUGAACCCCCAUCAAAUGC